AAUUUGUGUCACUGCAAGAAUGAAUCGCCUGAUUUGGAGCUUCUUGCUCAUUUUCUCUUUAUUGGGUAGAAAUCUGGAUGCAAGAGGCGGUAGAGGCCGUGGCGGCGGCGGCGGUGGCCGUGGUUCUAGUGGUGCACGAGGUGGUGUAGGAGGACGCGGUGGCGGUGGACGUGGUGGCGGCGGCGGCGGCUUCAGAUCAGGAGGUGCCCGAUCGAGCUUCAGCAGUUUUAGGGGAGGAAGUAGUCAUUAUAGCUCGAGUUUCCGGCAGAAUGUAUUCCACACCAGCUCGACUUCCAGGACAUUUGUAUUUUCUCCGAUGACUCGUACUAUUGUAAUCAUCUCACCUGCUUCUCCUAUGAUUUACGAAAACAACCAUUACUACUGGGCAGGGCAUCAUGUGAAUACUACAGAAAAACCUUACAAGUGUGAUUAUCAAAUCACUUAUGAGGAUAUGGAAUUGAGACAUGUGACAUUCGCAAAUGGCACAAAACCAGGAAAUAUAACAUUUGGAUGCGCAGAAUAUCAGAGUUGUUGUGGAAUGGAAUGUUGUACUGAAUUAAGUGAUUUCCAAGAAUGUAUGAUUAUAAUUGGAGUAUUCCUGACGGCAGGCCUCUGCUUGUUGAUCCGCAGAUGGGUCAGACAAAAAGGAUAUUGUAACGGCAAAAUGACUUGCAAAAGAGACAGUCGGCCGACAUCGGGUCCAGAAUUUCAAGAACUAACUCACAGAGCUCAUGGUGAUACAAAUCGUGUCAACACUUCACUGAAAACAUGAUAUAUAUAUUUAUAUAUUAUAGUUUUUUAUCUGUUGCAUUCCUACUUUCUUUCUACCUUUCAUUCGAUCUUUCAACCGGUUUUAAAUCACUUUCUUGCCAUUCUCAACUGCACCUUUCUUGUUAAUUAUGAAAAGUCCAACUGAAUAACAUUUUUUUUUCGAAUUCUUUCACAUUUAGUGGCAAACGUCUCAUUAUCGUUUCAUAUUUCUUUACUCUAUUUCUUUACCUAAUCCUUGAUAACGAAAACUUUCAGAAUUUUUUACACUGUUUGAAUGAGUCGCCUAAUCUGGAGCUUCUUGCUCAUAUGCUCUUUAUUGAGUAGAAAUUUGGAAGCAGGAGGCUGCCAACGUACUGGCCCCGUCUUCAAAUCAGGAGGUGCCAGAUCGAGCUCCACUAGUUUCAGGGAUGGACUAUAGGUCGGGUUUCCAACAGAAUGUAUUCCAUUCCAACUCGACUUCCGAAGCAUUUGCAUAUUCUCCGAUGACUCAUACUUAUGUCAUCAUCUCACCUGCUACUCCGAUGAUUUACCGAAACUACCACUACUAUUGGGCAGGGCAUCAUGUGAACACUACAGAAAAACCAUUCAAGUGUAAUUAUGUAAUAACUGAUGAGGACAUGGAACUGAGCAAUGUGGCAUUCGCAAAUGGCACAAGACCGGCACUUAUCACCUUUGGAUGUGCAGAGUAUACGUAUUGUUGUGGAAUGACCUGUUGUCCUAGUUUCAGUGAUACACAACUAUUAAUAUUCAUUGUGUUGUUAGUGGCGGGAAUUAUUUUUGUGCUGAUCUGCACUGAGAAGGCAAACGAAAGACGUGGUCAAGGCAGUCCGACCACAAGCUACAAUCAUCCAAGAUCAGUUCCAGAAGUUCAAGAACUUACUCCCAGUGCUCCUAAUGAUACAAAAAAAGUCACCUCCUCAUUUAAAAAAUUCUAUCUAUUUUUAGUUCGAAAGUGAAUUAUUUUACCGGCAUUUAACUGUUUAUCUUCAUCAUUUUGUUCCUCUCUAUCUUUUUUUUCUACCUCUCACUUGAACUUUCAAACGUUUUCAAAUCACUGCCUCGCCAUUCGGACUACUUUAUAUUGUUUUCUUAUCUGUAAAAGCUGAAAAUAACACUUCUGUUGUUA